CUUAUCCCGUCCAAAUUAAUGAGAUGGAGGGCAGGUGAAACUGACUCCAGAACAGAUACUACUUUUUUGUUGUUUUCCGGUUGUGUGUACGGAAAUGAAUGCGACGUUGUAGCGUCUAAAUGUGAGCACUCUUCUGUGUUAUUGAAAGGGUUACAGUCGAGCAUGAUGUCUGAGGGCAGUUCAUUUAUGAAAGGCAUGAUCCUAGGGGGCAUAUUCUGCCUGGUGAUGGCUUUCUUUGAGACCUUUAAUUCAGGAACCCACUCAGAAGGUCGUGAGCAUCUCCACCAUCAUCUGAAACCUGUCAGCAAAGAUGAACUACAAAAGUUAUCAGAGUCUCAGAUGUCUGACUGGACCCUGCAGGUUCGAGUGUACUGUCUCAUCAUGGUCACUCCCAAGCUCCUGGUCCACUGGGCGACAGCCAAUGACACUUGGAGCAAACACUGUGACAAAUCUGUGUUCUACACGUCAGAAUCGUCCAAAGCUCUAGAGGCGAUUGACCUACAGGAGCAGGAUGAGUGGGCUAGGCUACGCAAAGCCAUCAAACACGCCUACGAGAAUGCUGGAGACCUGCGCUGGUUCUUCGUGGCCCGGCCCACCACGUACGCAAUUAUAGAGAACCUCAAGUAUUUGGUGUUGGAUAAAGAUCCAAGCCAGCCGUUUUACAUUGGCCACACGGAAAAGUCCGGAGAGCUGGAUUACGUGGAGUAUGACAGCGGGAUUGUGCUGAGCUAUGAAGCAAUGAGGAGGCUGAUAGAGAUAUUCAAAGAUGAGGACAGAUGUCCAGAGCGGGGACACGCCUUGUGGAAGACGCCUGAAGAAAAGCAGCUCGCCACCUGUCUGAAGUACACCGGGGUGUUCGCUGAAAACGGAGAGGAUGCACAAGGCAAAGGGCUUUUUAACAAGAAGAGCGUCAGCUCCUUGAUUUCCGACAGCAUGGGCCAAAACCCAGCCGACGUCGUAGAGGCCUGUUGUUCUGACAUGGCCAUCACGUUCGGUGGCAUGUCUCCGAGCCAGAUACAGGUUUUGAUGUAUGGCGUCUACAGACUCCGGCCAUAUGGACACGAUUUUCAUGAUUCCUUGACAUUUCUGCCUCCUAAUGACUCUGAUAAUGACUGAUUGACUUCAUGGUUUCUGUACUGGAACUGUUACUGUAUUGAAAUGUUGAUCAUAACUGGGAGCAGGGCCGAAUUAGAUGUGAUGUGCAGUUUGUACUUUAAUUCUGAUCAUGUGUUCUGAAAGUUGGUGCGGGUGUGCAAGUUGAGGGGUUUUCACUGCUUUCUGCUACAAAUGCAUUCUGGCAAAAGCAAAAGGAUAAUUUUUUGCAUAUAAGUUAAUAAUGAGGGGCCAAUAUUGGAUAAUUUUGUACACUUAUAGUGUUUUGAACAAAAAUUACACUAGAUAUAUGAAUGGCGCACAUUUGGAUCAGAUAUGCACUGUUAUGCAAAAUUAAAAGACCCUAUAAAGUAUAUAAUGCUAAAUGUAUACUUAAUAUGAUCUGUUUGAUGAUAACUGUCUAUAUCACCCUUAAAAAUGUCAAACUAAUGUGGCUUGAAAGGUUAAUAAGCUUGAGAUUGUAAAAUUACUUUUGCAUAGAAAAUUAUUUAUUUACAUAUCGAAAUGUUUUCUUUCUGUAAUUCAGAUGUACUUCAUCAUACACUGGCUUGUGAUUUUUUUUUUGAAUGUUCUUUACUACAUUUAUUAAGUAAACACAUCAGGAUGCUUGUUUUCACCUGUAUAGUAAAGGUUACAAAUAAAAGAGUGCUAUCAACAGAU